AUGGCAUACAAUUCGGUCAGCAUUGGUUGCGCCGAACUUAGCUUCAAGCGCAUCCCACAUGUUUUUGGCAACGUGCAUAUGCAGAUAUGCGGCAGCCAACUUGUCUACGAUCACAGUAAGAAUGGCUCCCACAAAGACAGGUGUGGCAUCCCUGAACACCUUAUCCUGUUCAGGAGCAAUCAUUUCUGCGGGAUCCACCGCACCGACCCAGAACACCCCCCCCCCCCCCAAUCGGGAAACCCUAACUCCCGACUGCACAGAUCCCCCACGAUCCCCCUCAUCUCUUCCCUCCCCCCCUCGAUCUGGAUCGGGGGGGCGUACGCCCGAUUCCGCCGCUGCCUGACGCGGCCUGGAUCCGUCCCCAUCGCUCUGACGCCGUCGCCUUGGACCUCGCCGCCUCGUCCUCAACCGCCCAUCGCCGGACCGCAUCGCCUCCCCCUCUUCCCCGAGUUGGAUGCGCUGCUGCCCGAGAACCUCGCCGGAGGCCACGACGCCAGAGCCACCCCGCCGGCCUGCAUCCUCUCCGUCGUCGCCUCGUCCCCGUCCUCCUCCUCGCGCCCCACUGCCAAUCCCCUAUACGCGCGUAGACCUCAAGACUGCUGCUGGUACCCCUGUGAUCGACUACAUCGACGACGAACCCUUCUCUUGCCAGAGCAACCAGAUGCUGGAGUCCAGGAGCCAGACGUCACCGUCGACGACGACUACUACAUGGGAGGUGCCUACUACUACGUGCAGGUUGCUGACGACGACCAGGAGUAGUUUAGGGGGAAC